UCCCCUCCGUUCCGAUACUUCUACCUUCCCCUCUUGUCUCUUCUGACGAUGGAGUUUCAUGCCCACCAGCGUGGUCCCAGUCAGGAGCAGCUCUUUGGCACCGCUUGGAGACAUGUCGGUCAACACCAAGAGUCCAGGGGUCACAAGUGGCUCCCUCUCCCUGCCAAGGCCCCUGCUGUGGAGGGUUCCCUCUUCAGGUUUGCAAAGUCAGAUCGUAUAGGUCUAGAAGUCGCUGACCUUCUUCUGAAGGCGCUGUACGAGGAUGAUUGCAACAACAUUGCUGAUAAGCGACGUCAAGUCUUACACUGUCUGGCCCGCUCUCCAACGCCUGAUGCAAAGGAAUAUACCCAGCUUAAGCUCGAGCUUGGAGGACUGAUGGCCAAUGUUGGCAAGAAGAUCAAGGAGAUAUAUGAUUCCACUGGCUAUAAAGCAUACCUCCCGGAGUACUUUGCUAAGUUCCCUGUGCUGGAUGAAUGAAGUGAGCUGAUCACUCACGUCUUGUUGCUAGUACUUUGGUCACCGUGUUGGCAUGUCAGGACUACUCUCUAGGUCAAUGACGCUCUCUGCCCCAAUUUCUGUCUGGCCGUAUGUGUUGCAAUUUUGUAUGCGAUAUUGGCCGUAUGUGUUGCAAUUUUGUAUGCGAUAUUGGCAUGAUGCCAGUUUACAUUGUUAUACGGAGUAUGUGACAUCUGCAUGCUACGUACACAGCGACAA